AUGGCUAAUGAAUUUGCUUUGUUCGAAAAAGAUUCAACGAUUCAGAAUUCAAAUGAAACAAUUGAUAAUUUACGAAAAAAUAUAAUUCAUUUACAAAUAGAAUAUGAAAAAUUAGAUCAAAUUUAUCAAAAAGAAAUUUCUAAUAGAUCUGAAAUAAUCAAAAGAAUGGACGCAACUCGACAUAUUGUUGAAUCAACAACUGAAUAUUCAAAUUCCCUUUCAAAAGCAUUAAAUCAAUUAGAAUGCGAUAAAUUAAAAGUUGCAGAAUUUUACGAAUUGAUUAAUGGAGAACAAAAGGAAAUAGAAAAAAAACAAACCGAAUUGGAAACGUUGAUUACGGAAAUACAAGAAACAAUAAACGUGAAAUGUAAAUACAAAAUUAUAUAA